AUGAGCCGAAGUAGCUACAGUUACGACGAUGAGGAUGAUUACGACAUCCGCUUCCAAAAACGUGGUCCGUCCCCCGGUGGUGUUCGCUACGUUGCGAACCCUCAACGUGCUCCAAACUAUUACGAUGCACCCCCAAGGCCCAGUUACAUUGGAGCUGAUCGCCUCAACAUUUCGACCAUACAUCGCUCUCAAUCCCGGUCUCGCUCGCGAGAGCAUUCCCGAACUCGAGAGCGUCGAGCCAGCAGUCCCCCAGCUCCUGUUCCUGUGAUAAUCAACAACCGGAUUUACAAUGAUCUCUCCUCCGACGAUGAUGACAGUCGUCACAAGCAAGUUGCCAAGUCCUCACGACGUAGACGCUCUCGCUCACGUUCAUCAUCUUCACGGUCUCGGUCAUCCUCAUACAUGACACGAGAAGAGUGGGAAGCCGAGAAAACCCGCAAGGAGCUUGAGGACUUGCGUCUCGCUACCGCGCGUGAGAAGGAUGAGCGUAAAAUGGUCAAGCAAUAUCGCGACGAGUGGGAAGCCGAACAGGCGCGCAAAGAUCUUGAGAGGAAUCGACUUGCCAGCUCCCGUGAAAGGGACGAACGGCAACGUGAAAAAGACGAGCGGCAGCUCGUUAAGGGGUAUCGCGAAGAAUGGGAAGCGGAACAGUCGCGUAAAGAGCUAGAAAAGUUGCACCUUUCCCACACACGCGACGAGGAAGAGCGUCGGCGCUUGAGAGAAUUCCGCGAGGAAGAAGAGCUCAAGCAAGCCAAGCGCGAACUGGAAAAGAUCAAAGGCCGCAAAGCUCGCGCGGAUGAAGAAGACCGCAUCAAGAAGGAGAUUGAACUGAAACGCCUUCGUGAGGAAGAUACCAUGGCAGACGAGAGGCGACGUCGUGAAAAGGAGGCAAAUUCUGCUGUUGAAGAGUACAAGAGAAAGGAACUUGAGCGCGUCACUAAGGAGAGGAAGCUCAAAGACCAAAAGGAGAAGGAGGCUGCCGAAGCUGUUGAACGUUACAAGCAAGCGGAGAAAGAUCGCAUAGCAAAGGAAAAGGCGGAAAGAGAGGCCAAGGACAAGGAGUAUCAGGAACGUCUCAGGGAAGACCUUGUCAAGUCUGGCCUCGAUGAUAAGGCCAUCGAAGCCAUCUUGAAAAAGGAAAAGAUCAAAAGAGCACCAGCUGUACCCCAACCUCAGCCUCGACCCUUACAACACCACGCGAUGCCUGGUCCCUCCCACCAAUUCGCUCCAGUCAACCAGCUUGUUAAUGUCCCGCCGCCUCCUCCAACUGGCCAAGUUGCUCGACCAACUUACACACGUAUGGCCCGCCGGCAUUUGUCUAUCGAGUCACUGCGUGAAUUUGGUGUCGAAUUCGAUUUUGAUUCGGAUCCCGACUACUUGCUGAUUAGGCGGUGGGUUCCCGAGUGGGAACAAGACCGGCUCUGGAAGCACACCAAAUUAAUUCGCGAGAGUCGCAGUAAGAUGCUCAUGGUGGAGGAGAAGAGACACGGAAAAGAGGAGCCGGACUUUGAGUGGGUGCGUAAGAAGUCUGAUAAGCACAGUCGCCGCAGAAGCAAGUCACCAUCAUUGCUCAUGUACUUGGCUGGUGCACGACCAGCAUAG